AUGAACUGGAUUAGACACCUGGCAUUGACAUCCACAAAGAGAGCUGAAUGCUCAAACUUGAAGAAAGGUAAGAAUAAAUACAAAUUAGAAGGUUAUUUUCUCCCAAUUCGUAAAAUUCUCUCACGUCUUCAAUCCACAAAUGAUGACGUUAAAGUACAAAUGAGUACCUUUAAAGUUAUGUGGGAAAACCCAGAAUCCCCUGAGAAAGUUGAACGCAGGCAAAUAUGCUUGUGUGUACUUGCCCAUGUCAAAACUUCACCUUCAAUCACCGUUGUGAGUGAAAUAUUCACAUUUCAAUUCUAUCAACGAUUCUCACCAAAUUACAAAACACUUGAGGAUGCACACUUGUCAAACACUUUGACUCCAAAAGCAUGCAACACAAUCGUAGUCACUCUCAUUCCUAUCCCACGUGCAUUUUCUAAUUGCCUACUGACUACUGCACAUGUCAACAUGCGAUUGGAUGAAGUCAGUGUCAAUGGCAUUGCUCCUGCCGAUGCCGAUGCCGAUGGCAAUGCUAAUGCGAAUGCCAAUACUUCAAAAAUGAGCCUAAUUUCCCGGAUGGAUUCUGCAAUUAAUACAACUACAGCCGUUUCAGAUAUGGAGCAUAAACGGACAAAAGUUUUCGCACAAUGUAAUCUUCACAAUACUUGUUUCAUUUUAAACAAGGAUUUUAUUUUUUGUGAUUCAGUCGAUUUUUGCAAAAUACCUCUAAAGUGUUUCUGA